AUGAGGAUUGAUUUACUAAACGCGAUGGUAAAUUAUAAUGAGAAGACGAUAACAUCAAUGGGAAUGCAUUUAGUGAGAAAGGUACGUUUUCUUCCAGAAAAAAAGACAAUGAAAUUUUAGUUGAAUAUUCAGAUUGGUGUGCCAGGAACAUCCGAAUUAUUUUGUAUUGAAUGGAAUCAUAACACUGAUUUUAUAGUUGUUGGAGGUGCAAUGGGAACUUUGAAAAUUAUCAAAAUUGAAGAUAAUUUCAAAGGUGUUAAUAGUUUGUCAGUUAAUCAAGCAUUAGAAGGGCACAGCUGUAAGUUAAAUUUUUCUUGCGAGUUAAAAAAUUUGUUUUUGAAGCUUCUGUUAUGUGUGCAAGUUGGAAUGAGAUUUAUCAAAAAUUGACGACUUCUGAUGCAGCUGGACUAAUUAUUGUUUGGGGACAGCAUAAUGAUAGUUGGUUUGAAGAAAUGAUCAAUAACAGGUAAGAACUUUGUGAAAAUUGUGCAAGUGAGUGGUUUGCUUGUAUUUUUUCUUUUCCAAAAAUUCGAAAUAGUUUUUCAAUUUUCAAAAAUUCAGAAACAAAUCAAUCGUUGUUGGUAUGGGUUGGAACUGUGAGGGUAACAAAAUUGCGAUUGCAUAUGCAGAUGGUCAAGUUAUUGUUGGAACACUGGAAGGAAAUCGAAUAUGGAACAAAGAUUUACCAAAUGUUCUAUGUGCUUGUGAAUGGGCACCUGAUGGAAAUUCCAUAUUUUUUGGGACUCAAGAAGGUGAACUUCAUGUUUAUGAUGGACAAGGAAACUUUGUGGUUAGUUUAUGUUUUUGAUGGAUGAAUUCUUGGUUUUUUUCAGCAAAAAGUUCAUUUGAUUGGUAUGGAUUCAAUGGAAUUGCGAACAGCAUUGGAGAGUGAGCUCGUUAUUCCGAAAAAUGAAGAUAGUAAUGAAAUUAAAAGAAAACCAGAUCCUAUUAUUUGCAUCAGAUGGUAUAUUCCACCAAUGAGAUCAAAAGUUAAGAAAACUGAUGGUCCCAAAGCACCGAAUAACGCUAUAAACAAUGAGCCAUUUACAAAAGGUCAGUUGUAAGAAAACAUAUUUUUGGUUUUGAAAAUUUGAUUAAAAACUAGAAAUCAAAUUUCAUAUUUUACAGCUGCCACUAGAAUGUUUUCGGAUCCUACAACGUUUCAUCCAUCAAAUAAUGUUCCUGGUGAACCGGAUGAUUCAGUAGCGGCACCAAGAAUAUCUCGAAUGACGGCAAGUGAUCCGCCUCCAACUGAAAUGAUGCAACAAAUAAUUCCCGACAAACCGAGAUUAUUGAUUGCGUUUACACAUGGGGUUAUCCAGCUUAUGAGAAAUGAACUAGACACUAGUGAGUUUUUCCAAAAAAAAAAACAUUGAAAAAAAAAAUUAUAAAUUCUAAAUUUUUUCAAGUAUCUUUUGUGUUUCAUUGAACAUUUUCAGGCCCAAUCAUUGUUCGUUUUCCGAAAUAUAAAAUAACUUGUGCAAGAUGGUCGCCAAACGGAGCAUUUGUUGCCGUGACAGGCUAUAAAACUGAUGAACCGCCUCUAGAACAGUGUUUCAUUCAUGUUAUCACUGCAUAUGGUCAAGUAAAUUUCAUUUUCUUGUUUUUUCACAAAAAAAUGUUCCCUCAAAUUUUCAGAUCAUAAGUAACAGUCGUAUACGAGAUACAACAACUCUAACUGGUUUUGCUUGGGAUAAAACUGGACUGAAGUUUUCGAUAAGUGCUGAUGCAUUUUGUUGUUUUGGAUGUAUUCGACCACAAUAUAAAUGGGGUUAUAUUGGCCAUACUGUCAUAUAUAUUUAUGAAAAAGAAGAGAAAAAUACAUUUGCUGUAAAUUUCUAUGAGACAAAGUUGGAAGAAUUAUUUGUCAAAACAAUCAAUCGUUUUCAAAAUAUUGGCUGUCAUGAGAAUUAUUGUAUUUUGGUUAAUGAACAAGUUGAAGAGGAAAAGAGAACUGUGAGUUUCUUCAAAACUGAUUAAAAUAUGUUAUGUUGGAUAUUUUUAGUAUUUCGCUCAACUUUGUAAUGGUAUUGGAACUGCUCUUGAUUUCAAACACACUGAAGUCGAACCCAGAUGUGUGGCACUAAAUGGAUAUGCAGCUGUUAUUGCAGGUGGUCAACAAUAUUUCAUUUGGCAUUUUGUACUUCCAAAAUAUAAUAGUGUUCAAACUGGAAUUCAUGUUCCUGGAAAAGAAGGUGUUUAUAAUCUUGAAGAGAAUAAUUCUGGGCCAAGGAGAGGGGUAAGACAAACAUUUUUCUGAUAAUUUUUGAUACACUUUAUUUCAGUAUGGAAGAACUGCUGAUUCGAUUUGUGCUUUAUCAAUGGCGGAUAAAUAUUUUUAUGCGGUAACCUCAAAACAAUCGAGUAGAAAAUAAAAUUGUCGAUUUUCAGGCUUGCGAUUCUGGUGCUUUGUAUAAAAUUGAGUUGAACGAUGGAAAUAUACUUCAAAGAUUGUCUAUUGCUCCAAAUCUUGAUUCAAUAAAACUCAAUUGCACAUUCACACGUCUGGCCACUUUAGGUUAACAGUUUUAAAAAUUAUGAGAACAAAUAGAAAUGUUUCAGAUAAAAACUUGGUUCUGACAAUUUAUGACUUCAAAGAUAAUUCUGUGGUAGAAUGGAAGAAGUUGGAGCAAAGAGAAGUUUGGAAUUACAUUUGGGAUGCGGUAGGAUUUUCUUCCAAUUCAAAAAAUCAAAUACAUAUAUUUUGUGUUUAGGAAAAAGAGGAUAUGUUGGCGAUGAAUGAAAAAGUAAAAAUGGUUGUUUUGAAAGGAAAUUCAUUUGAAGAACCUGUCAAUACAUCUGGUUAUUUAUGCUCAUUCAAGGGAUUGAUUGUAAAAACUGUUGCCAUUGAAAAGUUCCUACUGAGACCAGAAGCACCAGAUAAAAAACAUCUUCAUGAUAUUGAGACCAAAGCUUUGAGAGAUGUCAAAUUGCUUUUAGAACGUAUGAAAAUUGAUGAAGCCACUGAAUUUAUUGAGAAAAAUCCACAUCCAAGACUAUGGAGAUUGUUAGCUGAAGUUGCGUUGAAUAAAUUGGAUGUUGCUACAGCUGAACAUGCUUAUGUUAAACUUCGAGAUUAUUCUGGAAUAACAUUUUGUAAAAAGUUGUUGAACAUUCAAAACGGAGAGAUACAACGAGCAGAAGUUUUUUCCCAUCUUUCAAAAUUUGACAAAGCUGAAAAGAUAUUUUUGCAAAAUGAUCGACGCGAUUUGGCAAUUGCAAUGUAUACAAAAAUCAAUGAUUGGAAACACGUUCUUCAACUUUUGACAGCUGAUGAUGACGAUUCAGUGAGACAAACUGCUUUGAAAAACGUUGGUGAUAGUUUGUAUGAUCAUAUGAAAUAUCAAGAAGCUGCUAUGGUUUAUAAACAAGCUGAUUGUCUCGAGCAACGGAUAAAUUCAUUAAUAAAGUCAAAUUUGUUUGGCGAGUUGGAAGAACUUGCUAGAAAUUUACCAGAUAAUCAUCGAUUACUUGAAAAAAUUGGUGAUGCUUUUACAUCUCGUGGAUUAUGUGAUCAAGCUGUUGAAUGUUACAUGAAAUGUGGAUUGGUUAAAAAAGCAUUGGCUGCUUGUAUCGAGCUGAAUUUUUGGGAAAGAGCAAAUGCAAUAGCAAAGAGUAAUAAUUUGGCGGAUGUUGAUGUUAUGUUAUCAAAAUAUGCUGAAGAAUUGAUUGGGCCAAGUAAUGAAAGAUCAAUGUCAGCAUUACAAUUGUAUCGAAGAGCGGGUAGAUUGAUGGAUGCUGCAAAAAUAUGUUUUGAGGUUUGUAACUUCUUUUGACAAUGAGUUCUGAAAAUAAUCCCCAUAUUCCGAAUUUCAGAUCGCUAAAGAUGAAACAAUCCGAAUGGCUCCAUAUACUCGUUUGAAACGAAUCUAUGUUAUGGGAGCUUUGUUGAUUGAAGAAAUGCAUGUUCAAAGAAACAAAGGUCGAGAAAAACCAUCAGCUGCUCGUGUUCUUGAAGAUACUUUAAAUGAGGAGAUGGAAGUAUCAAUUGAAGAAUCAAGAGUUAUUGAAAAUGCAUGGCGUGGAGCAGAAGCAUUUCAUCUGAUUUGUGUUGCUCAUCAACAUUUUUAUGAAGGUUUGAUUACACUUUUCAAAUUAUGUAGUUGAUCUAUAACAAUAUUUUUUUUUGUUUCAGAAAGACCAUCUGACGCACUUCGAACUGCUAUCAUAUUAACAGAAUAUGAAGAUAUUCUUGAUGUUAAUGAAAUAUAUUCUAUGAUGGGUAAGAUUUUGAUCAGGUAGAGCAAAAUUUUUCACAAGAGAUGAUUUUUGCAGCAUUGGCAGCUGCAAACGUUCGACAGUUUUCACUUUGUUCUAAAGCUAUGAUGAAGCUUGAGGUAUGUGAAAUGUCAACAGAAGAUGAAAAAGAAAUGAUGAGAGAUUUGUCGUUAGAAAUGUUUAAUAUGUAAGUGAAUACCAUCUCUAUGUCCAACAAAAAUGUAUUUUUUUUUCAGGUUUCCUCCGACUGAAUCCCAAGUUUCUAAACUCCAAUGUCCUUCUUGCGAAGCAUAUAUCAAAGAAUAUGAUACAACUUGUGGAAGUUGUUUCACAAAGGUCUGUGUUUUUAAAAAUCUUAUUCUGCAAAAACAUUUAUAUUCAUUUUUUGCAGUUUCCGGUGUGUAUUGCGACUGGUCGUCCACUUCUCGAACUGCAAUUUUGGAUUUGUCUAACUUGUAAACAUCGUGCAUAUCAAAAAGAAAUCACUAAAUUUAGAACGUGCCCAUUGUGUCAUUCUUCGACAUCUUUUUUAUAA